AUGAUACAUCCAUUUCCUUUCAGGCAAACAACACAGUUCACUGGCAGCACAAAAGCAUUGCUUCUACCGCUAAAUCUCAAACGUUCAGAAACCCAUUGCUCCUCUGUGGACAUACCAUUCUAUAUUUGUUAUUUGGAUGUUAUGGAUAGAAACAGUACUUACUCUCCAAACACAUGGCCACCAAAGUUUUGGGAGCAGAUAACAAUAGCCUUCACAGUGUCCAUGGUGGUUGGACUGGUGAUUGGAGGGAUCAUCUGGGCCUUGUUCACUUGCUUGUCCCGUCGCAGAGCUAGUGCCCACAUUUCCCAGGGGAGCUCCUCAGCCUUCAGCCGUCGGUCCAGACCUUCAUCCCAUGGCCACACUACUGGCAGGACUGGAUUUUACCGCAACAGCAGCUGCGAACGCCGGAGCAAUCUCAGCCUGGCCAGCCUCACCUUCCAGAGGCAAGCCUCCUUGGAGCAAGCUAACUCUUUCCCCAGGAAGUCAAGCUUCCGCGCAUCCACCUUCCACCCUUUCCUGCAGUGUCCUCCCCUCCCCGUGGAAACGAACAGUCAGCUGAUCACCCUCACUCCCACAAAUACCACCACAACCCUUGUGGGAAGCACCCCCACCAGCUUAAGUCGACCCGAAUUCCACUGGUCUAACAACAGCCUCCGUAUCUGCCACUCCACACAAACCCCCCCUCCUGCCUAUGAAACCAUCAUAAAAGCAUUCCCAGACUCCUGAGCUAGGUCCUUGCUGCAAACACGCACAUGCAUUUUAGGAGGAAAUUCAGUCAUCUCAACAAUUUUCUGUGCAUACUGAAGAUCUCUGAGAAGUCUCUGGCUGCCGUUGUGGAGGGGACAUACAUUGCCAAGAGGCAGGUAGCGAAGAUUUCUUAGAGUGCAAUAUCCCACUGUCCAAGGGAUCACUUCUCAUUGCACUGCUGGCUCUAAUUUACUGCUCUACCAUAUGCUUGAAUAUUUAUAGUGUUGCAUCUUUAAUUGUAACCAUUGCAUCUUUACUUUAGAGGAAAGAAAAUGAUGCCACAUAAAAAGGAGAUCAUUUCUUGAAGAAACAGAUCAUGUUAGGCAUUACUAAUAUAUACAUUUCUGCAAAUUUCACUAUUCUGUUGGUGGUUUUUUUUAUUGUUGUUGGUUGAGGGUUUUUUUUGUUUUGUUUUGGGUUUUGUUUGUUUGUUUGUUUGUU